AUGGCGGACGCGGGCUUCUUCAAGGGCACUUCAGCCGACCAAGACCGCAGGUUUUCUGACAAGGAGCUCAAACUCCUGAAAACUAUGAAGUUCCCCAGCGAAUUCGAGAAAAAGGUGGACAUGCGAAAGGUCUCAUUAGACGUCAUUCGCCCGUGGAUCGUAAAGCAGGUCGUGGAGCUUGUCGGAUUUGAGGAUGAGGUUGUCGUCGAGUAUGCGAUGGGUCUCUUGGAAGACAAGGAGCAGACGACCCCCGAUCCAAGAAAGAUGCAGAUCAAUCUGACCGGAUUCCUGACGAACAAUACUGCCGCCUUCAUGUCAGCACUGUGGAAGCUUCUUCUGGAGGCGCAAGAUUCACCAGCUGGUGUUCCCCGUACCUUGGUUGAAGAGAUGAAGCUGGAGAUGCGGCAAAGCAAAAUGGGGGAUACGCGUGCGUUGGAGGAACGAGAUCGUCGUGCGAGGCUCGACGAGAUACGGGAUAGCGACAGGGAUGGGAGAGGUGGCGGCAGGGGCCGUGGCAGGGGUAGAGGUAGAGGCAGAGGCGGCUUCGACGAUGAUCGUAGCGGAAGGCCACGCGACAGUGGGUGGGGGAACAGAGGAGGAGGAGGGCGGCCUGGACGCCGGCGGUCGCCUUCGCGCUCGCCACCGCCACGCUCUCCGCCCCGCCGCCGCCGUUCACCGUCAUUCAAUAGCACGCGCAGUUCACGUUCCCCUCUUCCCCCUCCUCCUCCUCCUCCUCCCGCCGGAGGAUCCCGCCGGUUGCGCUCUCCGCCUCCGCGCGGCCGGCCCUCUUCACCCGCGCCUCCCGCUCGCGAGCGUAUUCGCGACAGUCCUCCACACCGUCGACGGUCUCCCAUACCCCCACCCCCGCCCCCGCGCGAGCGCGAUCGCAAUCGCGACUCUCCGCCACACCGCCGGCGGUCUCCCCCUCGCUCCCUUUCUCGCUCGCCGCCGCGGUCGGUAGUCCGGCGCCGUCUGCGCACGCCAUCCUACUCGCCGCCGCGUGACCGCGAUCUCAGAGUAAGAGAUAGAGGCUCGCGCAGCCCCCCGCGCCGUCGGAGGCGACUGUCUCGCUCUCGUUCUCGUAGUCCAGAUAGGCCAUAUCGGGGAGGGUACGGGAGACGCAGGGGCAUCAGUAGGUCCCCAUCGCCGCCAUCGCCGAGGAAGCGGAGAAGACGGAGUGUGAGUCGCUCGAGAGAACGCUCGCCACCGCGGAGAAGGGACCGCUCGUUGGACAGAGAGAAGGGGCGCAAGAAGGCCCCGAGCUACAGUCGGAGCAGCAGUAGGAGCAGGACGAUGGACACAGAUGGCAGAGACAAGAAAAUUGCGCGAAAGGAAGAUAAGGUGGCUAUGGACGAGCAGCGGGUCAACGCUAAAGGUAAGGAGAAGCAAAAUGGUGGUGAGCUGAAGAUUAAAGGCCAAGCCGAGGCUGAAAAACGGAAGGGCAAGUCUGAGGACUCGGAUCGCGAUGAGGUCUUGUUGGAUAGAACGGAACUAGCGAAGAGAGAGAACGAAUUAAAGGAGAAGGCUUUGCGGAACAAGGUUGUCAGGACGAGAAAAAGCAGUACUGCUGUCAGUGCAAGCAACUAG